AUGGCAUCAUCAUCAACUCAACAACUAACUCUAGAUGGUACAAAUCAAAAUGGAUUUCGACGAUUUCUGGAUUCUUUACCAGAGAAACUGGAAACGACUAUCCGAAUCUUUGAUCGAUCGGAUUGGUUCACUGUCCAUGGAUCCGACGCUAUUUUUGUUGCAAACAACAUCUUUCGAUCAAAAAGUGUAAUUCGAUAUUAUCGAAAUGGCAAUGAAAAGUUAGAAUAUGUAGUCCUAAAUAAUGCAAAUUACGAAAAGGUGUUACGAGAUUUGCUGCUUGUUCGACAAUAUCGCAUUGAACUCUACAAGAACAAGGGUACAAAGACAAAUCAGCAAUGGUACCUCGCCGAAAAGGCAACACCUGGCAAUUUGCGAUGCUUUGAAGAAAUCAUUUUUGGAAAUAAUGAAAUGUCUGAAUCAGCCCCAGUCAUAGCCAUACGACUAGUAGUGGAAAAUGGCCAAAGGAUCAUUGGUGUAGCAUACGCUGAUGCUACCCUCUAUAACCUCGGCAUUUCACAAUUUGAAGAUAACGAUUUAAUGACUAAUCUCGAGGCAUUAAUGGUGCAAAUCGGCCCCAAAGAAUGUAUUUUAGUAUCAGGAGAAACCAGCGUAGAUGCUGUUAAACUUCGUCAAGUAAUUAAUAAGACUGGCGUAUUGGUAACUGAAAGAAAGAAAUCGGACUUUAACGACAAGGAUAUUGUACAAGACUUGAAUCGGUUACUGAGGAUAAAAUCUGGUAACGCCGCAACAUUAGCUGAAAUCGAUCAACAAGUUGCAAUGAGUUGUGUUACAGCUCUUAUAAAAUAUCUAGAACUUUUGAGUAACGUGUCGAACUUUAAUCAAUUUGACUUGGUAACAUUCGAUUUAAGCCAAUUCAUGAAGCUUGAUUCAGCAGCUGUUCGAGCCCUUAAUUUAUUUCCAAGCCCUUCGGAUGCUGGUAAUAAAUUGCGUUGUUUGAUGGGUGUCCUAAAUUAUUGUAAAACAGCUCCUGGACAACGAUUACUAGCUCAAUGGCUUAAACAGCCGUUAAUGGACAUUGCCAAAAUCGAGGAAAGAUUAAAUUUGGUUGAUGUAUUCGUUGACGAUACGGAAUUGAGACAGUCAGUUCAAGAGGAUCACCUUAAAAGAUUCCCCGAUUUGCAGCGUCUUGCUAAAAAGUUUCAGCGUAGCCGAGCGAAUUUACAAGAUUGUGUUCGUGUCUAUCAAAGCAUUAAUAGAGUGAAUUGUCUCAUCAAAGCAUUAGUAGGCUAUGAUAGUGCCUACAAAGAUCUUAUUCGAAAUAUGUAUAGCAACCCAUUAAGUGAUUUAACGACAGAUUUUCAAAAAUAUCAAGAAUUAAUUGAGACCACAGUUGAUCUUGAUUCUGUUGCGAACCAUGAAUUUGUUAUUAAACCCUCAAUCGACCCGGACCUACAAGAAUAUCGCAAUCAAAUGGAUGACCUGAUUGAACAGAUUUCACGCCUUUUAAGUUUGGCUGCUCGUGAUUUAGGUCUUGAAGCUAACAAGUCUAUUAAACUUGAAUCCAACAGCCAAUUCGGCUAUUAUUUUAGAGUAACUUUAAAGGAAGAGAAAGCGCUACGAAGCAAUAAGCGAUUUAUGAUGAUCGAUACCAAUAAGCAUGGAGUCCGAUUUACUAAUAAUAAUCUGGAGUCUUUAAAUAAAAGUUUGCAAGAGAUAAAAUCGAUGUAUGACGGAAAACAAGAAGACUUUGCCGUUGAAGUUAUCAAUAUUGCAAGCGGCUACUAUGAACCUUUGCAAUCAUUAAGCCGGAUUAUUGCUCAUUUGGAUGUUAUUGUUAGUUUCGCCCAUGCAUCAACUAAUGCUCCUGUCCCAUACGUGAGACCAACUAUCUUGGAUACAAGUGAUCGAAUAAUUGAACUGACUGAGGCUAGACAUCCGUGCCUUGAAAUGCAAGACGAUGUAGCAUUUAUUCCCAAUGAUGUCAAAUUUGCUAAAGACGAUGCAGAAUUUAUUAUUAUCACUGGCCCAAACAUGGGUGGCAAAUCUACUUAUAUACGUCAAAUCGGUGUAAUAGUCCUUAUGGCACAGAUUGGUUGCUUUGUUCCUUGUUCUUUUGCUCGAAUCUCCAUCAUCGAUUGCAUUUUAGCUCGCGUUGGUGCUGGUGACAGUCAGUUAAAGGGUGUUUCUACCUUUAUGUCGGAAAUGUUGGAAACUUCAUAUAUCUUAAAGACUGCUACAGAAAAGUCUUUAAUUAUUAUUGAUGAACUCGGUCGUGGUACUUCCACUUACGAUGGAUUUGGAUUAGCAUGGGCCAUUUCUGAAUCUAUAGCAAAAGAUAUUGGUGCCUUUACUCUAUUUGCCACACAUUUCCACGAAUUGACGGCAUUAGCAAAUGAUAUCAAAUCUGUUAAGAACUUUCACGUUUCUGCUAUGACGACAGAAGAAGCUUUAACACUUUUAUAUAGGGUUAAGCCAGGCGUUUGCGAUCAAAGUUUUGGAAUUCAUGUAGCUGAACUUGCUCAUUUUCCGGAAAAUGUUGUUACGCACGCUAAGGAAAGGGCUGCGGAUUUGGAAAAUUGCCAGGCCAUAAGUUAUGUUACCGAAUCGGAUAGCGAUCGACGUCGUGAUAUUAUGGAAGAAGGUGAAGGCCUAAUACACGACUUUUUGCAGAAGAUAAGUCAAAUUUCUACAACAGAAAGAUCGCCACAAGAAGUCUACAGCGAAAUUGCGAUGCUGAGAAAUUCUUUGUCUUCUUGUAGUAACUCCUAUAUCAAAGAUCUGCUAAUUAUAACCUACAUUUGCGGACGUUUCCGAUCUAUGAUUGCUUGCAAACGUUUAAUGUAA